ACUACCGGGGGGUUCCGCAAGCGUAAGUGGGGGAAGUGGGUCUCCGAGAUUCGGGAGCCCGGAAAGAAGACUCGGAUUUGGCUCGGAAGCUUUGAGUCGGCCGAGAUGGCCGCUGUCGCCCACGACGUGGCCGCGCUCCGGCUCAAGGGCCGCGACGCUCGGCUCAAUUUCCCGGAGGCCGCCGACCAGCUCCCUCGGCCCGCCAGCUCCGACCCGAGCGAUAUCCGGUCUGCCGCCCUCGAAGCCGCCGCCCGGUUCCGGUUGGCACCGGACUUCGGCGCCAGCCGGCCCGGUCCCGUUAGCUCGGGCUCGCCGGCGUUCGAGAGGCUGUCGAAUGAUGAGCUCGGGCUCGACUCGCCGACCAUGUGGGACGAGCUGGCGGAGGCGAUGCUUCUGACUCCACCGGCCUGGCCCAAUGAUACUGGUGAGCCAGAGGAUGGCUUGCAAGGGUCGCUGUGGGAUCCGCCGUUGUAGACCAUAACGACAAUAUCCUUAAAUUUUCAGAGGGGAUGGCUGGGUUUUUAAUUUGUAUUUGCAUUAUAUAUCAAAGUUAUCAGAGGAGCAAAACUUCACGUGAAUACAGAUGAAUGUAUCAUCGUUAUUAGAAAUAAGCAGGCAAAGUUGACA